AGAUACAGUUCCUGCUGGGGGGAGGAAGCACAGAAUGAAAUCCAUCCUGUUUCCUUGUUUUGGGCCUCAGGCAGUCAUGGCCGGUAGGAAGGGUAGAGUUUGCCAGAAGCACCAGGAGCCCUUGAAGCUGUUUUGCAUCGAUGAUGAAGCCCUCAUCUGUGUGAUCUGUGACCGAUCCAAGGAGCACAGAGAUCAUAAGACCGUUCCUCUUGAGGAGGUCUCCCAAGAGUACAAGGAUCGAUUCUGCGAUUGUCUGGAGAAGCUGAAGGAGGAGAGAGAGAAAAUUCUGGCAUGUAAAGCGGAUGUAGUGAAGGAAAGCCAAGACCUGCUCAAACAAACCACAGAAGAGAAACAAGAGAUGGUAGCCAAAUUCAGGGAACUGCACUCAUUUCUGGAGGAACAAGAGAAACUUCUGCUGACCCAGAUGGAAGAGGUGGAGAAGGAGGUGGCAAAAAACCGGGAUCAGCAUCUGGUCAAGUUGUCUGAGGCCCUCUCCUCUGUGGACAGCCUUAUGCAGGAGAUGGAGGAGAAGUGUCAGCAGCUGGCCACUGAACACUUAUGGGAUGCCAGAAGCACCCUGCUAAAAUAUGAAGAAAAGGAGGCGUUUGAGAAUCCAGCAGCUUUUCUUCUUUCACUGAAGUGGCGCAUUUGGGACUGCUUGGAUAGAAAUCUCUUUUUGAAGGUCAUCAAAAAGCAACUCAAAGACUCUCUGGAUUUUGGACUUCACCUGCAGAAAGCAAAUGUGACUCUGGAUCCAGACACGGCCCAUCCCCGACUCAUCCUGUCUGAGGAUCGGAAAAGUGUGAGACAAGGAGAAAAAGCUCAAACUCUUCCAGACAAUCCUGAGAGAUUUGACACUGAUAGUGUUGUUCUUGGUCGUGAGGGAUUCACAGGAGGCCGCCAUUUCUGGGAAGUCCUUGUUGGAAAAGAUGAAGGAUGGGCUGUGGGGGUGGCCAGGAAAUCUGUGAGGAGGAAGGGACAGGUUAUCUUCAUUCCUGAAGGAGGGAUAUGGGCUGUGCGGAAGUGGGGAGGGUACUACAGGGCUGCCAGAGAAGGCUCUUAUAUUCCCCUGACCCUGUGUGGGGAGCCCAAGAGGAUCCGAGCCUGUCUGAAUUAUGAUGGGGGUUGGGUGGCCUUUUUUGACGCUGACCGAGGAGCCCUGAUCUAUGAGUACUCUGGAGCCUCCUUCUCUGGAGAGACCCUCCUGCCCUUCUUUUGGGUAUCUGGAAAAGGCCACCUCAAGCUUCCUUCUUAAGGCCUUCUCUUCACACGCGGAGCAUUAAAAAUAUUGUUUCUCAGAAGCCCCCCCUUUAGUCCUGUGAAGGCCUCUCCAGGCUCCCAG